ACUUCAGUCGGCGUGAUGUCACGGCAGCAGCAGCUAGUGGCUCUCCCGGUGAGGCAGAGUCCACACCUCAUCUGCUCUGUUUAAAAAAAAAAAAAAACACCACCAAGCCAAGGAUAAUAUAUGUCUGGACACACGGUGGUACACAUGCAUAGCUGGAGGAAUGCAUCAUCAUCAUCAUCAUCAUCAUCAUCAUCCCGGGAGCUGCACUUGAGUAUCUUGGCCUAAUAUUCCCCGGGCAGAGACAACGGCAGUAACCUUAUUCAAGGAUGCAAAACAGCACGACAAAACUGUAGAGGAAUAUUGUGAUAUCAUGGGAAAUUAAGUGCGAUAAAGCAACCACAGCCAUACAGGAGUAAUACAGUGAUUUGGCAUUAGGUCUGCUUCACUAACAGGUGCACAGAAACAGAUGCAGCGGUGCAAAUAUGGACUUCCUCGUCUGAGCUUUCCUCCAUGCCCCUGUGAUUUGGAGCCCUAAACUGUGCGACUGCGACACCUAGAGUAGUCAUGCACAACCCUGCCCCCGAGGCUGUGGCCGGCUACUCCAGUGGGCUAAUGACGGACAAAGACACCAACCCGGAGACCACCCUGGGCAGUGCCUACUCCCCGGUGGACUACAUGAGCAUCACCAGCUUCCCCAGGCUGCCAGAGGACGACGUGCUGUCCGGGGAGAACACGCUCAAGUGUCGCAAGGAGGAUGACAACUUUCUAAGUGAACAAGACACAGAUCCUGAUCUGUUUUUGAAGUCCGCCCGCCUCCAGCGUCUCCCAUCGUCGGCCUCCGACUUGGCCAGCCAUGACAUCUCACCCCUGCGAGAGACCACCCGAGACCCCUUAGCAGACAGCUGUGCCUGCCAGCGAGAUGGACUGACGGUCAUCAUCACAGCCUGCCUGACCUUCGCCACAGGAGUCACUGUAGCUCUCAUCAUGCAGAUCUACUUUGGAGAUCCACAGGUGUUUAACCAGGGCACAGUGGUGACUGAUGUGGCCCAGUGCACAUCUCUCGGCUUUGAGCUUCUGGAGAAGCAGGGCUCCAGUGUGGACGCUGCCAUCACUGCUGCCCUCUGUUUGGGCGUGAUCCACCCCCACACCUCUGGUAUCGGCGGCGGUGGAGUUAUGUUGGUGCAUGACAUCCGUAAAAAUGAGACCAGGGUAAUUGACUUUAGGGAGACGGCACCAUCUGCCAUCCACGAGGAGAUGUUGCAGGCCGACCUUGAUCUCAAGCCUGGCCUGCUGGUUGGAGUACCAGGUAUGCUCAGCGGGCUGCAUCAGGCACACCAGCUCUAUGGCAGAAUGCCGUGGAAAGAUGUGGUUACCAUGGCAGCAGAUGUGGCCAGAAAUGGGUUUAAUGUCACUCAUGACCUUGCUGAAGCUUUGGCCAAAGUUAAGGACCAGAACAUGUCGGAUGCUUUCCGGGAUUUGUUCCUCCCAAACGGUCAGCCUCCCCUUCCCGGACUGUUCUCCAGGCGUGUUGAUUUGGCAACCAUCUUGGAUGCUGUAGCAGCUAAUGGGAUAGCAGAUUUCUACAGUGGAAACCUGACGCAGGAAAUGGCCGCUGCUGCACGAGCAAGAGGGGGCGUGCUGUCCGAGGAAGACUUUGGAAACUACAGCACAGUUUUGCAGCAGCCAGCAGAGAUCACCUACCAGGGACACCAUGUGAUGGCAGCUCCGGCCCCACAUGCAGGCGUUGCCCUCAUCACUGCUCUCAACAUCCUGGAAGGCUACAACAUUACCAGCCAGAUGCCAAGGAACAGCACCUACCACUGGAUUGCAGAGUCUCUGAAGAUAGCUCUGGCCCUGGCUAGCGGACUGGGAGACCCCAUGUAUGACACAUCUGUUUCCGAGGUAGUUGCUCAGAUGUUGAGUAAGUCCCAGGCUUCCCUGCUGCGCCAGAUGAUCAACGACUCUCAGGCCUUUCCUGCUGGUCAUUACACUCCGUCAUUUACCCUGGAAGAGGGCGCGGCAUCUGCCCAGGUCAUGGUCAUGGGACCAGAUGACUUCAUUGUGUCAGUCAUGAGCUCUCUAAAUAAACCAUUUGGCAGCGGGAUAGUAACUCCUUCAGGAAUCCUCCUGAAUAGCCAAAUCCUCGACUUCUCCUGGCUUAAUAAAACUCAGAGCUCCUCGCCGCCUAACCCACAUAACAGCCUCCAGCCUGGGAAGAGGCCGAUGUCUUUCCUGAUGCCCACAGCGGUGAGGCCUGCACUGGGGGUGUGUGGCACUUACGUCGCCUUGGGCUCCUCCCAUGGAGAGAAAGCACUCAGUGCCAUCACACAGGUGCUGAUGAAUAUUCUGUCUUCCCGCAAAAACCUGAGUGACAGUUUAGCGUUUGGCAGGCUUCAUCCACAGCUGCAGCCCAACACCCUUCUAGUGGACUCUGAGUUUCUAGAGGAAGACGUGGAGCUACUACAGGCCAAAGGUCACAAUGUGGAGAGGAUAGAUGUCCUCUCAUUGGUGGAGGGCACUAGGAGAACCAAUGACCUCAUCAUCGGAGUGAAGGACCCCCGUAGUGUAGAUGCCUCAGCCCUCACUAUGUCCAUGAACACGCCCUAGCGUCUAUGGGAGAUGUCAGAUAUACCGUAAAGAAGGUUUGAAUGAGCAGAAUAAUAAUAAGGGAAAAGAAACUAUAUUAGUGUGGCUAAUCCACAGAUAUACUGAACAAAUUUAAGGGGAAAGUACUGUGAUUCGGCAGAAACAGAGUAAAACAAAGGCAUAAAGCUUAGGCUGCGAUGACUUAGGCAGCCGCUAUAGAGGGAUACUGAUGGACAGCCAGAUUUUUUUGCUGACACAGGCACACAAAAAACUACAUUGAGCACCAGCUCACAUCACUAUGCUUUGUAUAUUCCCCCUCCCAGCCUCAGCUAAUGUUCAGUCCCACUAGACUGUUGAAAAUGUACGUCUCUGGAAUAACAUCAGUUCCCGCUGCCUAUAAUACUCAAAAGCAUCUUACCGGAAAGUUACCAGUAACAACAUGUGUAUGGUUCUGAAAACACUCAACCCAUGUAUCUGCUGUUCACUUUUCCAUUCCAUUUUACCACUGUCCAAAUGGCUCAUGAGAUCACAUGGAAAAGUAGAGAAAAAAAAGUCAUAAUAGUUACAACGGUUAAACCGGUUGUUUGGCUUUGCAUCGAUGCACCCACAGUAGGCUAUAUGAAACCGAGCACAGAGGCUACACCAUUUACUCUCCUGCUUUUUCUAAGGUGUGACUGUGUUUAGAUGUUGUUUGAGCCUUCCUGCUGAAGGUUCAGCCUUUUGAGAACAAUCAAUAGCUUCCUUGGGACCAUGUUCAUUUUUACAUAUUAUUUACAUAAAAGGAAAUAUCGUAGGACCUAUACGUCUCAGCCGUGUUCCUCAGACGAACGAGGAUUUGCUUAAGUUGAACAGGUGUUAAAUGUCAGUAAUGGUAGAAUAAAUGCAUUUUAAUAUAUUUUAUGUAAGAAAAUUUUGAGUUGCAUGAUUUUGUUCUCUAUGAGCUUGUGGACUUGACUUUGGCUUUUUUUUAGAAUGGGGAUGUUUGUUUUUAGAAUGAGAUCUUGUACAAGUUCAAGUACUGAUUGUUCGACAAUGGCUUGAGUGUCAGUUAUCUAUUUUUAUAAGAACAUUUGUUAGACUAUAUGCAUUCUGUUUAACACAUGAUGCAUUCAUUUUGACCAUCUUAAAAUGACUGUCUUGUUAAUUUAAAUUGAGUUUUAUCUUCUCUGAUCUUAUCUGUGAUAUGUUUACCUUGAAGUUUUUUUUUUGUUGUUGUUGUUGUUUUUUGUAAAACAUCACUUUUAAAAGGCUCUCAAGAUGUUCAGAAUGGCCAUUGCUGACUGACCAAACAAUAUGCCCAUAACUUAUUUGUCUUUUUAUUUUGGUUUCCAGUGCACUAUGACUGUUUGGUGAUUCUUGUUGCCUUUAUUGUACAGUAUCUUAUCUUAAGACAUCCGUUGGCACGGCACCUAAAAUUUGACUUCAUGUGCAUUAUUUAUUAUUACUUUGUAUCUGAUUUUACUCAAAAUCAACACUGUUCAAAACAGAAAUAAAAUGUUUGCACACAA